CAUCAACAGGCGGAUACGUUUAUAUUAAACAUCCCUAAUCUUGGGGAACCCCUGGAGUGUGCUGACACUAGUCUCCUCCAGUGCUUCAAUGGUUGGUUGUGUGAGAUCUUGUACAAUGUCUAUGAAUACAGAGGGAAUGCAAGUAAAUCUCAUCGAUGGCCCUGAUCCGGAUUGCAAAGAUUACAAGAAUAGUGCAGAGGUGCGAUAUUCAGUUUUGCAGACCCCACGUUGCAUUGGGAAGCGAACGUUUUGCCAAGAACCUUUUAAGGUUGCAACCGCAUGCCUAGUUGCCUUCUGCCUUCUUUUACUCAUGGUUCUAAUUGCCACGAAUGUGCACAGAAAGAGUUUAUCUGUUCAGGAGCUCACAUCUGGUUCUGCUGAAGCUCAAAUGCAGAAAACCAAUGCUGAUGUGACCGCAUUGACAUCAGAGUUGCAGACUCUUAGAGAAGAGAAAAGUGAGCUGGAGAAAGAGAGGUCACAACUGAAAGCCAAAAUCGCUGAGCUAGAAGCAUCCGCUUCCAAUCCAGUUCAAGUGACAACACUAUCCACUCCUGGCCAAGUGACGGCGAAGGAUUCCUGCCCGUCUGACUGGCAUUACUUCAGCGGCAGCUGUUACUUUAUUUCUGUUGAGAGCGAAGUCUGGCCAGACAGUCAGGCUUUCUGCAAGCGGAAUGGAGGACACCUGGCCAUCAUCCACACACCUGAAGAACAGACUUUUAUUUGGGACCUGCUGCCACGUGGUCACUGGAACGCUUUCUGGAUUGGCUUAAGUGAUGAAACUGUAGAAGAUGACUGGUACUGGGUGGAUGGAACCAAACUGGUUGGAGGUUUCUGGGAGGAUGGAGAGCCCAACAAUCAUCGUGAAGAAGACUGUUGUUACAUAGUGAAAACUGAGGUUUUAAGUCGCAUUGCUACAAAGAGCUGGUACGACGCCCCCUGCUAUAUGGAUCGAUACUGGAUCUGUGAGAAGGAGAUAGAUGCGUCCUCUUAAUCCUCCACCCCGCCAUCAUCAGCAACCAUCUUUCAUAAAUGUUUAGUUUGAGAGAAUUUUGGUUAAGAAAUGAAGCAGAAUGAAGGAGGAUUUCUGUCUAUGAUAUGACAUCUCAGAAUCUUUGUCUAAAUGUAUGCUACCUUGAAGCUUUUUAACAUUGCAUAUCACGUUUUUUAAUUGCUUGCAUAGAAAAAUAGUGCAAAUGUGAAUUAUAUUUUGUCCGCAUAAACUAAUGUUUUAUGUGAAGAUAUUCUUGUCUGCACUGUUGAAGCUUGUCUUUGAAUUUACGUUUUGCAAAGAAAUAAAUGUUUUGGGGAAAAUUA